UCUGCAGUAUCAGUCCUUUCAGUUUCAGUUCAGACCCAUUUGUUUGCUCCUCUCUGCUCCCAGAGCGGCACACCUCUGCACGGCAGUGGCCAUGGCCAGCCAGUCAGUCUUUGUCGUUGCUAUAGAUUUUGGCACAUCCUACAGCGGGUACUGUUUUUCUCUUGCUUCAGGUACAGACCAAAUCCGCCAGGUUUACUGGGGAGCAGAGCAUGGGUUAAAGACCCCAAAGAUGCCUACGAGCAUCUUGUUCAACCAGAAGCAGGAGUUCAAAUAUUUUGGUUAUGAUGCUGUGAUGAAGUACAAGAGUCUGCCCUCCAGCCAAGCUGACAGUUGGUACUUCUUCCAGAACUUCAAGAUGCAGCUGUACAACACGAAUGUCACACUUGGCAUGAAGCUGAAAGCCACCAAUGGAAAGUUCCUUCCUGCCUUGACAGUCUUUUCUGAAAGCCUGCGCUACAUGAAGGAUCAUGCUUUGAACACCAUUAAGGAGGCCUCUUUCCAAACCGUCUACAGUGAGGAGGAGAUCACCUGGGUCAUUACUGUCCCAGCCAUAUGGAACGCUGCUGCCAAGCAGUUCAUGCGUCUGGCAGCAAAAGAGGCAGGAAUUAUCUCUGACAUGCUCUCUAGGAACCUGAUCAUUGCCUUGGAGCCAGAAGCUGCAUCAUUGUGGUGCAAGCAGCUUCCACAUGAAGGGUUUAUGGCAGACAGCAGUGACAAGAAGAAGUUUGAAGACUCCCCUGGGAUCCAGUAUAUUGUCGUUGACUGUGGAGGUGGCACUGUAGACAUCACAGUACACGAGAUCCAACAAAACCAUUACCUAAAGGAGCUACAUAAGGCAACUGGAGGUGGAUGGGGAGGCAACAGAGUGGAUGAAAACUUUAUCAAUUUCCUCAAGGAAAUAUUCAGUGAUGGCAUAUGGGAUGAAUAUGCAAAGAGGCACCCUACUGAAUUACAAAAUAUGAUGUACAACUUCAGCCUACAGAAAUGCUCUGCUAGCAGGGAGGCAGUCUACAUACAUUGCUACUACAACCUGACCAGAGUGGCAGGGUCCAAGAAGGACAUCUCCCAGUUCUUUGAAAACGUAGCAGGAACUGUGUGGUGUGAUGGGACAAUCAUGAUUACAUAUGAGAAAAUGAAGAGCUUCUUUGACUACAGUAUCAACAAUAUCAUUUGUGCUUUGAGGGAAAUUCUUUGCAAACCCGAGAUGGACAAAGUCCAGUACAUUUUACUUGUGGGAGGCUUUGCAUCCAGCAUCAUCCUGAGAGAUGCAGUCAGGCAGGCCUUUAGCAACAAGUAUCAUAUCCUUUGUCCCAUGGAGGCCCAGGCAGCCAUUGUAAAAGGGGCUGUUUUAUUUGGAGUUAAUCCACACAUCAUUACCUCAAGAAUCAGCUGUAGGACAUAUGGCUUGUGUGUAUGUGAGAAAUUUGAUAGUGCUAUCCAUGAUGCCCGUAAACGGAGGGUCUCAAAAACUGGUGACUUUAUUUAUUGCACAGAUCUCUUUGAGAAACUGGUGGAAAUUGGGGAGUCAGUGAACAUACAUGAAGCUGCCCACUAUGAUUUCUUUCCAAUAGAACCAGAUCAAACAAAGGUAAUCUUUGCUUUCUAUUGUACAACAAAACAGAAUGCUCAGUAUGUGGAUGAGGAAGGGAUGGAACAGCUUGGUUCCUGUGUAGUGCCGUCACCAGACACAUCGCUGGGGAAAAAUCGCAGGCUGAAGGUAGAGAUUAGAUUUGGGCUCACUGAAUUUAAAGCCACGUGUACUGAUGUUACUUCCCAAGAAAGUCGAACAGUUAUAAUGGAUUUCUUAUCUUAUAAUUACUCAUCAUAUUGAACACAUCUUAGAUGUCUUUUCCAACCAUUAUAGUUCUAAUAGUUCUAUGACUUCUGCAGUAGAGGAGACAAUUGGACCAAUAAGUCCAUCAUUCAAAUUUCUGUUUACACAGGAAAACUACUUGUCUGAUUCUCUGGUUCCUUCCAUUCUUCACCAACCACCCUUUCAGUCCAACACCUCAUUUUCUCUUGUAUCUGACAGCAGGUUUUUCUCCCGCUUUAUCUCAUGCCCUUUUAGCUUGCAUCUUUGAACACAGUAGUCCAUACCACCAAUACAAUCAUCUGUGAUCUACCUGUCACAGCUGGAAAGCCCCUGGACUGGUCUCUAACUUACACAUAAAGCAGCCCAUAGCUGUU